AUGGCCUACUACGCCUAUGGUCCUCCACCCAUGCCGUACUAUGGCUACGGCUUUGCUGCCCCUGCGCCUAUCCCCAAUUUGUGGCGCGAUAAUCCCCAAGGCGCGAUCCGCGACCUCAUGGAACGCGAAACCAGCACCUCCCCCUCCCGCCCCAAUCAUCUCGGCGACAUGGAGCUGUACACCAAGAACGCCGACUGGCUCAAAGUCAUCAUGAGCGUCCUCAAAACCCGUCUCGGUUGCGAAUGGCCCCAGAACUACAAGGCCAUCCUCUACCUCGAAAAGAUGCCCGAAGCCGAGCUCGCUGGCGUACACGACGAGCUGAAAAAGAUUAUCGAUGCUGGCGACAAGCUCCGCGGUCAUCAAGCUUUUCAAGCCCAGGCAAAGGCACUUCUGGGCAAGGCAGAGGCGGAAAAGAAGAAGGCAGCAGAAACGGAGGAGAAGAAGAAGUAUGAGGAAAUGUGGAAGAAGCACGGGGGACUGCCUUUCAGCGGAUGGGCGGGUUGGCCGUUCCCUCCUCCGGGGGGUCUGCCACCUGGCACCGCUGCUCAGUGGGCGAGUCAGUACCCUUUCAAGGGUCCCGAAGGAUUCGCACAGACGCCGGCGAGCUAUGUUCCUCAAGAGUAUCCUUAUUCGAGAUCGUUUUACUAUGCGGGGCGACCGGAGGAUGAGGCAAAGAAGCCUAGUAUGAAAUCAGAGCUUGCUUGGGCUUUGAACCAACAGGCCGCUGCGUGA